CUGAACAUACUUCUGUGACAAAAGUUGUAGUCUUUGAUUACGCAAAUUCAGAAAUAUAAUUUACAGUGAUCGAAUUGCGGAGCACAAAGUUAUGAUUGUGCAAAGUUUGGCAAAAUUAUAAAACGAUUCGUUUUGGAUAGCAAAUCGCCUUUUUGGCGAUGAACGCGGACCAUACUGCAUAGGCAGUUUGUGUUAUCAUCGAACAUUUGAAAAAGUUACGCAGAACAAAAAAAAUAGGGUUAAUAUUUUCGUAUGGCCUGAACUUUUACCAAAAUAAACAUCCUGGCCAAUCUUUUCGAUCUAUAACAUCCUGGCCCGAACUAUACACCAAAAUAAACAAUUUGGCCAGAACCGACUUUUGACCGUUAACUUGGACGGUCAAACGCGUUGACUAACGGUCAACGCACCACCUCACUGCCAAGUCAACAAUUUUCACUUAAAUUAUUUUACAAUUUCCACCUAUUAUCAUUUUUUUAUAUUUUGAACGCCAAAAAAAAGUUAAACAAAAAUAAAUCAAAUUAAAAAAAUAAACUCUUCAUCCCCUCUCUGAUCCCUUUCACUCCCCGCUGUCAUCUGUUCUCCAAAAAUCAUCUUCUGUUUAUCCUUCUUCCAUCACAAUCAACUGUAAAUGCCCCAAGUGUAAAGUCCAAUCCAUCUCCCCCGUCACCGCACCAGAGAACCUGGGUGAUUAUCCCCAAAAUUCCCAAAUCGUAAAUCAAAUAAAAUCUGAAGUCCAAACCUUUACUCGUCAUCAUCAUCGCCAAACGGAGGGAAAUGAAAAGAUUGGAUAAUGGUGAGCUUCCCUCCAUCCAUGGCGGCGAGUGCGAAAAUGGUGGUACCAAGGUCGAUUCCACAACUUUUCGCUCACCGCCCUUAGUGGAUCGUAGCUCCUCUGCCCUCUUUCGCUUGCUCCCGCUGCCGUCGUCGAGCCCCAGGGGAGGAAGGAAUCAGGCUCACCGACAAACUAGCAACAGCAAGAGGCCCGCCGCCGGGCUCGAGAAGAGGCAAUCGAGCGGGAGUGCGGGCGAAUGAGCCGGAGUGAGGGAUAACAUAGAGGGAUUCAUUAUCCUCUUUGAUCCCGAUCAACUGAUUGAGGACCUCUCUCUCGUUCAAAUCACGGAUCUAGGGUUUCAAGUUCUCAAAUCGUCGCCGAGUUCCUGGAUCCAAUGGCAAUGGAGUCGUCGGAUGGGGAAGAUGAAGGGAAAUUACGGGAGGAAGCCAUCAUCUGGUUGUGGUGGACGACCUGAGAGAGCUGGUGAACAUUCAAUUCCAUUUGGAGAGGAGACAACAACAGGGAGUGAAAGGGAUCAGAGAGGAUGGAAGGGUUUGUUUUUUAUUUUGUUUAAUUUUAGUUUUUAUUUUGUUCAAAAUGUCAAAGAAAAAUGAUAAUAGGUGGAAAUUGUAAAAAUAUUUAAGUGAAAAUUGUUGACUUGGCAGUGACGUGGCGCGUUGACUGUUAGUCAACGCGUUUGACCGUCCAAGUUAACGGUCAAAAGUCGGUUCUGGCCAAAUUGUUUAUUUUGGUGUAUAGUUCGGGCCAGGAUGUUAUAGAUCGAAAAGAUUGGCCAGGAUGUUUAUUUUGGUCAAAGUUCAGGCCAUACGAAAAUAUUAACCCAAAAAAAUAUGACUAAAAAU